AUGGGCGGCCAGCAGGGGAAGGGGGAGGCGCCUGGCAGCCACCCGGCUGGGCUGGCCACGCCUGAGCAGCCGCGGGGCAGCGACAGGGGUGCCAGGGGGGCAGGGGAGGAUGGCAGUCGCAGCAGCGCAGGGGUUGAGCUGCACCUGGGCAUCCUGGAGGUGUCAGAAGGCACAGUGUUUGACUGUGCACCCCUGCUGACCAGCUGGUGCCAGCACCACUCCUUAGGUGCAGGCAAGGGAGGCUUCACCUGGCGCCUGCGCCUCUCCGAGCUGCUGCCCAGCCUGGAAGCCUGCGGCGGCGGCGGCCGCGGCAGCGGCGGGGAGCCGCGUGCCCGCGGGUCCCAGUGCACCUCCCUGCCUUUCCGCAUCCCCCGCGCCGCCCUGCCCGCCGCCUGCCGCGGCCUGGUGGAGCAGCACCGCUGGUGCCUGGUGUGCGAGGCGGCGGCGGCGGGGCGCGGCCGGCGCGGGCCCACGCUGGGCGUCUCCCUGAGGUGGCUGGGCGGGCCCUCCUACCCCGCCACCUCUGGCGCCUCGCUCUGCUGUGAGUUCCUGUUGGCGGCACGCUGCCUGUCUCCGCCCAGCGGUGCCCAGGCAGAGGCUGGGGCAGACCAGGAGCGGGAGAGCGGGUGGCGCCAUGUGGCGGCGGACCGCCGCUGGCUGCGCCACGCCUUCCACGCGGGCCAGCCCCUGGCAGGCCUGCCCGCGCUGCCUGCCGCGGGCCGCCUGGCGGCGGGGGAGGCGGCAGGGCUGGAGCUGGAGGCUCACAUUCGCUUUGAGGGCGUGGCCAUGCAUGUGCAGGCCCCGCUGCCCGGCCUGGUAGUGCACGAGGCGCCGCUGCUGCUCAAAGUGUCGGAGGAGCCGUGCCUGCUGCUGGCAGACGCCUUCCUGUCCCCCGAAGAGUGCGGGGAGGUGCGGGCGCUGGGCGCGCCUCACAUGAAGCGCAGCAAGGUGUCGGCAGGCGACGAGACCCCACUGCGCACCUCCUGGGGUACCUUCCUGACAGGGCCGCUGGCGCAGCAACCGGUGGCGGCGCGGCUGGAGGGGCGGGUGCGCCAGCUGGCGGCGCUGGCGUGCGAGGCAGAGGGGCGGCGGGCGCUGCAGCUGGGAGAGGCCACGCAGAUCGUGCGAUACGACCCGGGGCAGUUCUAUGCGCUGCAUCUGGACAACCGGGCGGGGGACUCCUCCAGGCGUGCCGCCACCGUGAUGAUCUACAUCAGCGACGUGGAGGCAGGUGGCGCCACUCACUUCCCCCGCUCCUGCGGCUACCCUCUGGAGCGGGCGCUGGAGGCGUGCGCAGCUGGCGCCCGCAAUGAGCCCGCGCCGCCCCCCGGCGCCUGCCCCCCUGCGGGCCACAGCCCACGCGCGGGGCAGCCGCAGCACCCCCCCGGCCUUUGGGUGCAGCCGCGGGAGGGGCGGGCAGUCAUCUUCUGGUCGCGGCUGCCUGGCGGCGGCGAGGACAAGGCGUCGAUCCACGAGGCGGAGCGGGUGGAGGCGGGCACCAAGUGGAUUUGCACCCGCUGGUGCCGCGAGCAGGACCCUGCCUAG